AUGUCUGUAAAAGUAGCACAGCAUCUUGAUGAAGAAUCACAUCGAAUAGAAUCGUAUUUACAUCCAUCAACAUUAGCACCAUUAAUUAAAAAAGUUGGAGAAAUACGAAUUUAUGAUCAACUUGAAGUAAUUUAUACUGAAAAUCCGAAACUUUAUGUUAAAACAAUUCUUGAUAAUCAUAUCGAAUUCUUCAAACUUGUACGAUGUUUUUUAAAUAAUGAUCAACAUUUUAUUGCUGCUCUUAAUAAAACUUGUGGAAAUUUUUAUUAA